UGUGGGGGAUGGAGGCAGCUGGGAUUGGUUUGGAGCCGGCAGGGGCGUGUCCUGGCCUCCAAGGAAGGAGCAGAGCAGGUGGACUCCCAAGAUAGACCAGGAGCUGCCUGGCAGCCAGCGGCUUCUCUGACCCAGACCUCUGCCCUCCAAGACAUGGCCCCGGGCUCCCUCGAUCCCCAGCCCUGUGGCCUUGACAGGGUGAAAACAGCCUAAGCACCGCCACUCCAGGGCCUGUGCCCACCCCCUGGCCCCUGGCCCUGAGGCCAUGGAGACAGUGCCCCCAGCUGUGGACCUGGUGCUGGGUGCUUCAGCUUGUUGCCUGGCCUGUGUCUUCACCAACCCCCUGGAGGUAGUGAAGACGCGGCUGCAGCUUCAGGGGGAGCUGCAAGCACGGGGCACCUACCCUCGGCUCUACCGGGGCUUUGUGGCCUCCGUCGUUGCGGUGGCUCGUGCAGAUGGGCUGUGCGGGCUGCAGAAGGGGCUGGCUGCCGGCCUCCUCUACCAGGGCCUCAUGAAUGGUGUCCGCUUCUACUGCUACAGCCUGGCGUGCCAGGCUGGCCUCAGCCAGCAGCCGGGAGGCACCGUGGUUGCGGGAGCUGUGGCGGGGGCACUGGGAGCCUUCGUGGGGAGCCCUGCUUACCUGGUCAAAACUCAGCUGCAGGCCCAGACGGUGGCCGCAAUGGCCGUGGGGCACCAACACCAUCACCAGAGCCUCUUGGGCGCCUUGGAGACCAUCUGGCGGCAGCAGGGCCUGGCAGGGCUGUGGCGGGGCGUGGGUGGGGCCGUGCCCCGGGUCAUGGUUGGCUCAGCCGCUCAGCUGGCCACCUUUGCCUCUGCCAAGGCCUGGGUGCAGGAGCGACAGUGGCUCCCGGAGGACAGCUGGCUGGUGGCCCUGGCCGGGGGCAUGAUCAGCAGCGUAGCUGUGGUUGCUGUCAUGACCCCCUUCGACGUGGUCAGCACGCGGCUGUAUAAUCAGCCAGUGGACGGGGCAGGCAGGGGCAAGCUAUAUGGCGGCCUCGCCGAUUGCCUGGUGAAGAUCUGGCGGCAGGAGGGCCCCCUGGCGCUCUACAAGGGUCUGGGCCCCGUCUACCUGCGCCUGGGCCCCCACACCAUCCUAAGCAUGCUCUUCUGGGAUGAACUCCGGAAACUGGCCAGGCGGGGCCAGCACCAGGGCAGCUAGGUGGUGUCCUUCACCCCAACACAGCCGGCCACUUGGCAGGACAUGAUGGCCCGCUGCAGCUGGGAAUGGCUGUUCCAUAGCCAGCCCAGGCCCAGGCCCUGCCCCAAGGUCCAGGGAGAGUGUGGUCAGACAGCUUGUGGUCAACCCAGCCCCUGGGCCCACAUAGGGCCAGCGGACCCACCUGGAAUCACCACCCACUCCGUUCUCCAGAAGUGUUCAUCCUUCUCUGUCCCAGGUUACCUUAUCCCAGAGCCUUACUCGUCACAAUAACCACUCCAAGGUGUGAACAGCGCUGUGAGCUGGGACACAUACAAUAUCAACCUGCUUACACAGUGAAAGUGAAAGUGAAGUCGCUCAGUAGUGUCCGACUCUUUGCGACUCUAUAGACUGUAGCUUACCAGGCUCCUCUGUCCAUGGGAUUUUCCAGGCAAUAGUACUGGAGCAAAUUGCCAUUUCCUUCUCCAGGGGAUUUUCCCAACCCAGGGCUAGAACCUGGGUCUCCUGCAUUGUAGACAGACACUUUACCAUCUAAGCCACCAGGGAAGUCCUGGGAGGUAGUAAAACUCUGUUGCUGAUGAGGAAGUGGAGGCUCAGAAAGGUGAAGUGCUUUGACCAAAGCCACGUAGCUUUGAAGGGUCAGAGCUGGAACUGGAACUCACCUCUGCCCACCCCCGACCUGUGUGCCCUUGGUGAGAGCCAGGACCAUGGAGGCCGGAGUGGCCCUGAGGGAUCACUGCACACAUGGGGAGGUCCUGGGGAGCACUAUGAGGCACUGGGGCCAUCGUCUGUGUUAGUCUGCCAAGGCCACCAUUACAGAGCUCCUCAGACUAGGCAGCUUAAACAACAGAAUGUUCUUUUCUCACAGUUCUGGAGACUACCUGUCCAGGUUUGGUUUCCUCUGAGGCCUCCCUUCUUGGCAUGUAGACACCUGUCUUCUCCCAGGGUCCCCACCUGGUCUUCCCUCUUUGUGUCUGGGUCCUAAUCCCCUCUUAAAAGAACACCAGUUAUAUUGGAUUAGGCCUCAGGCUAAUGACCUCAUGUUCCUUAAUUACUUCCUUAAAGACCCCAUCUCCAAAUACAGUCAUCUUCUGAGGUUAGAACUUCCCUACAUGAAUCCGGGGUAGGGGAGGGGACACAACACAGCCCCUCAACUACGAGCUUUUACUGAGGGUCUCCUAGACGCCCAGCACUGUGGGCAUUUGCACAGAUUCUCAUGACAGUUCUGAAAGGUAGCUCUUGAUGCACCCAUUAUUCAGAUGAGCAGACUGAGGUCCCAGGAAAGGAAGCAACUUCCCCAAGGUAGUAGAGCUGGGUAUCCUCAUCCCAGACCCUUUUGUUUGUCCAAGCUGCAGCCACACUCCCCCCAUGGGCGUGUCCCUAAGGCACUGACCUUUGUGCUACAGAAGUGGGCGCUGAGUGCCUGAAGAGGCAGGACUGACUGAGGUCAAGUGGCCUGAACUGCCUUGCCCGCCACACCCCAUGUCUGCAAAGAGCUGCUCCCCAGGCGCAGCCCUACUGCACACUCCAAACCAAUAAAGUUUUCUAUUUUGUCUAC